UCAUCAUUUAGUGACUUGUAGUUUUCGUGAGUACUUGUCCAGUGAUUCGUUGAGUGCACGCACAUUGCAGUGAUGGCCAACAAGAAGGAUUUAACUCUACUCUUCCAGCGUCCAUAUGAACCCGUUUUUGGUGUUAAAAACGACAGUACGGGCAAAGUGCGAGUAGAUGUUCCACCAAAUUUCUACACGGAGAAGUACAAGGAUAUCUCUACUGAGGUUCAGAGUCGUUUUGGUGAAGAUGAUGUAGAUCGAACAGUUCCAGUGAGGUCCACCGCUCCACCAAAUAUUGGUUUUGCUGAAGAACUACCGCGGAAGAAGCCAUUCUGCCUCUUCAAUAAGCGUCACACCGAAAUUGCUGGAAAACUCAUUGAAAUCUUCCUCGAUGCACCUGAUGUUGAGACUCUAUUUUCGUAUGCAUCGUAUGCCCAUGAUCGCGUCAAUCCUCAGAUGUACCAGUACUGCCUGUCUGUGGCUAUGCAACAUCGUGCUGAUACUCAGGAUCAACCAAUCCCAUCCGUGGCUGAAACUUUCCCCAAUCAAUUCAUCGAUCCAGCCGUUAUUCCUGAAGCACGUGAAGAAAACAGCUUUGUCCCAGAAGGUGUUAGGCGCCCAAUCGUGAUCCCACUUUCUUACACUGCUUCGGAGCGUGAAGAAGAACAACGCUUGGCCUACUUCCGUGAAGACAUUGGCGUGAAUCUUCAUCAUUGGCACUGGCAUUUGGUAUAUCCCGGCAAUGGACCAGAUAGGAUUGUCCGCAAGGAUCGUCGUGGUGAGCUGUUCUACUACAUGCAUGCCCAGAUUAUUGCUCGCUACAAUGUUGAGCGCCUCUGCAACCGACUGGCUCGUGUGCGACGACUCAAUAAUCUCAGGGAAGCCGUUCCUGAGGGAUAUUUCCCCAAACUAGCUCGCUCAACUACAAAUCAAACAUAUCCUCCACGAUUCGCUGAUAUUGUACUCCAGGACAUUAAUCGUCCAGAGGAUAAUACAAUUGUAGAAAUUUCCGAUUUGGAGAGAUGGCGCGAUAGGAUCCACGAGGCAAUUGAUCAAGGAUUCGUUAUGAAUUCAUCUGGUCAGAGAAUCAGUCUCGAUGAAGUACGUGGAAUCGAUAUUCUCGGUGACAUGAUUGAAGCUUCAACUCUUACACCAAAUGCCCAACUUUAUGGAAAUCUUCACAACAUGGGCCACAACGUCAUUGCUUACAGCCAUGAUCCUGACAACAGAUUCUUGGAGGAAUUUGGAGUAAUGGGAGAUGUAACUACAGCAAUGAGAGAUCCCAUCUUCUACCGUUGGCAUUCAUUCAUUGAUCAAAUCUUCCAAAAAUACAAGAAUACUCUCCCACCGUACAAUGCCAACACGCAACUCAACUUCGAUGGUGUGGCCGUUCAAUCUGUUACAUGCCAGAUGAAUCAACGCAAUACCCCAGCCAAUGUUCUCCUCACCUACUGGCAACGUGGAGAAUUGAAUCUUGGUGCUGGACUUGAUUUUGGACCACAAGGAAAUGUCUUUGCUCAAUUUACGCAUCUUCAGCAUGCUCCAUUCUCCUGGCGAAUUGAGGUCAACAACAACUCUGGAGCUCCUCGCCAAGGAACGUGCCGAAUCUUCAUCUGCCCGAGGAAUGAUGAACGUGGAAUGCCUUUCACAUUCCGUGAUCAAAGGGUUUUAAUGAUUGAGAUGGAUCGCUUCACCGUGAAUUUGAAUCCUGGUCCGAAUACCAUCAAUCGUCGUGACGAACAGUCUAACGUAACCAUCCCAUACAACCGAACCUUCCGCAAUGUUGGAGCUGCCGCACGACUUCCUGGCGAUCAAGAUCAAUUCAAUUUCUGUGGAUGCGGUUGGCCAAGCCAUCUCCUUGCACCAAAGGGUUCACCUGAAGGCUUCACUUUCGACACCUUCGUAAUGAUUUCUGACUUUAACGAGGAUACCGUCAACGAGACUGUCGAUUCAACUGACCAAUGCAACGACUCUUUCGCUUUCUGCGGUAUUCGCAACAAACUCUACCCUGAUCGUCGUGCCAUGGGAUAUCCUUUCGAUAGGAAUCACCCCGCAAGGACUCUGCAGGACUUUGCCAAUCAAACUACCAACAUGGGACUUGGAGAGCUGAAUAUUCGUUUUAGCAACACCUACGUUGCUCGUACAACAUAAAUUGGACGUGGAAUUUUGGACUCAUUGAUAACGAUCUUGGCUACCUCAUUUUAUUAUAUAUUCCUAACUAUAUACUACUCUCUACUUUAAUCUUUAUGCAAAUUAUGUAUCAUCAAUUGCUUUAUUCUACAGUGCAUAUUCAAUUUAAUAAAAGAAAGUUCUAUUAAA